AUGGUAGGCAAAGACUGCGUCGCCAUCGCCUGUGACCUACGCCUCGGCCUGCAAGCCCUGACCGUCAGCAACGACUUCCCCAAAAUCUUCCCCUACGCCCCGCAAUGCUAUCUCGGCCUGACCGGCCUGGCCACCGACGUCAGCACCGUCUCCGAGCUGCUGCGCUACAAAGUCAACAUGUACCGCCUGCGCGAGGAGCGCGACAUCAGCCCGCAGACGUUUGCGAAUCUCGUCAGCAGUAGUCUGUACGAGCGGCGCUUUGGGCCGUGGUUUGUCAGUCCCGUUGUUGCGGGCAUCAAUCAGACCACUGGUGUGCCUUUCAUCUGCGGCUUCGACAGCAUCGGCUGCAUCGACUUCGCCAAAGACUUCAUCGUCUCCGGCACCGCCUCGGACCAACUCUUCGGUACCUGCGAAGGCCUGUGGGAGCCCAACCUCGCGCCCGACGAGCUCUUCGAAACCAUCUCGCAAGCCCUCCUCAACGCCGUCGAUCGAGACGCCCUCUCCGGCUGGGGUGCACACGUCUACAUCAUCGAGAAGGACAAGGUGACGAAGCGGUUAUUGAAGGGCAGGCAAGACUGA